GGCGGGAGGGCCCGGCCGGCGCCUGGGCCCUGCGGAGGCCUUGCCCGGCGGCAGCGCCGCUUCGCCUCCUCGGGCCCGGCCGCCCCUGCCCCCGCCCCGCCUGCAGCCGGAGCUCGUCCCGGGCGGGCGCUGGGGUCGCCUGGCUCCGGUCCCGACGGGGCCUGGGGGGUGGGGUGACCCGCUGCCAGCGGGGCGAGGGCCGCCGGGACGGAGAGCCCGGGAAACGUGCCCUUCCCUCAGCCCCCGGGCCCCGCCGACAGGCGGGGAGAGGAGCAGCGGCCGGGCCGGCGCAGCACCUGGGACAAGAGCCGCCUUUUAUUGCGGGGUGGGACGAGGGAAGGAUCCAGGGAGCCCUUGUUCUGUUUGUGGGUGGCGUGUGGGCAUCAGGGCUGCGGUCUCUGCUGAAAAACCUCCAUUGUCUUUGUGGGGUUUUUUAUUUGUUUUUGCUUUGUUUUUAACUGGAUUUUAAAAGGGCAUUUUUGAGCAUAUUUAGGCUGGAAAGAAAGGGGUUUCUGUUUGUAUUGUUCACCUGACAAUAGACCCUUCUGUCUUGCUCAGCCUCACAGAACUGUGUUGUAUGAGGAUCCUCCAUCAGCAUGCUGGCCUAUCGUAUAUUCUCCAGACUACAACAUCACAUUCAUGGGACUUGAGAAACUGCAUCCAUUCGAUGCAGGGAAAUGGGGAAAAGUAAUCAAUUUCUUGAAAGAGGAAAAACUAAUUGCAGAUGACUUGAUUGUACAGGCACGGGAAGCUACUGAUGAAGAUCUCUUGGUUGUUCACACAAGGCGCUACCUUAAUAAAUUAAAGUGGUCAUUUGUUGUGGCUACAAUCACAGAAAUUCCACCAGUUGCCUUUCUUCCCAAUUUCGUAGUUCAGAGAAAAGUUUUGAAACCUCUACGAACCCAGACAGGAGGAACAAUAAUGGCAGGAAAACUUGCUGUUGAUAGAGGCUGGGCGAUCAAUGUGGGGGGUGGUUUUCAUCACUGCUCAAGUGACAAAGGUGGAGGAUUUUGUGCAUAUGCUGAUAUCACACUGGCUAUAAAGUUCUUAUUUGAAAGAGUGCAAGGGGUGUCUAAAGCCACAAUUAUUGAUCUGGAUGCUCAUCAGGGAAAUGGCCAUGAGAGGGACUUUAUGGAUGAUCAUCGGGUAUAUAUUAUGGAUGCAUACAAUAGAUAUAUUUAUCCAGGGGAUGGAUUUGCUAAACGUGCCAUAAAACGCAAGGUGGAAUUAGAGUGGGGUACAGAGGACACAGAAUAUCUGCAGAAGGUACAUACUCACGUGGAAGGAGCAUUAAAUGAAUUAAAACCUGACAUCAUUGUUUAUAAUGCUGGGACUGAUAUUCUGGAUGGCGAUCCAUUGGGAGGACUCGCUAUUUCACCUCAGGGAAUUGUGAAGAGAGAUGAAGUUGUGUUCAAGGCUGCCAGAAGCCGCAGAAUCCCAAUCCUGAUGGUGACAUCUGGAGGCUACCAGAAGAGGACAGCACGAAUUAUCGCCGAUUCCAUCCUCAAUUUGCACAACCUGGGGCUUAUUGACAAGGAGCUAGCAACCAGUGGAGCUGAAAAUCCCAAGGUAGAACAGAUGAUUAGAGACUCUGCUAAAGACUUGACCAACUUGUCACUGCAAUGACAAGUUACUAAAUUUUUGGAAACAACUUCCUGGUUCAGGAGCGGGAAGUCUCUGCAUCAUUAUCAGGGUUAACAUAACAUAUUUAAAAAAAGAAUCAACGUACCUGUAAAAUAACACAGUAAAGAUAAUAUCCAGUCCCAGCAUAAUGGUGUCUAACUUCUGAAGCUGUCUCGAGCAAAGGCAACAAAUCCUUUUAAGCUAAUUGAGACAUAUACUCAAGGGUACUGUCAGUUUAUAAUAUUACUGUAGAAAGCUUUAAUUGCUUCACUUAUUGUUAUGGGUAGGCUAUUAUGUUGAAAGAACUAUGCAGUUGGUAUCCAAACUCUGUCCCAGACCUGUUUUAGAUGAUGCAGUUUGGGCUGUGGUGGGAGAAAUACAGACUAAACCUACUGGCAUUUUUUUUAGACACUGCAUUUUAUUUAUUGCUUUUUUAAUUGAAAUAUUGUUAUAAAAUGACUUCUGUGUGGGCUUCAACUGUCAGUUUAAUACUAAAGUUAAGUGCAAUACUAUAAACAAUGGUUCAGUUGGUAGGCUUUUAAAGCCAUAGCCUGUUAGAACAAAAGUUCGUUAAUAUAUAUUUUAUUCCUGUUGUUGAUAGUGACUUAAAUAGUACUUAUAAACACCUUGAGAAAUAAAACAUGAAAUGCCUUUGGCUCCAUAUGCAAAUGAGCCAUAAGGGCCUAGCAUUAACAGUCUAGUUUUUGCCUCUCUUAAAAUGAGGCCUGCAUAUAAAAGGCAGUAGUUACUAUGCAUCGUAAGUCAGAGUAAAGAAGCUACAACAAAAUGAAAACUAAUUUUAGAGUUCUGAGAAUUCUUGAAGAAAAUAUAUAGAAAUAUAGGGUAUCUUUUAUCUUUGCCAGCUUAUCAUGUAUAAAACAGUGAAGAGUAAAUUUAGAUAUUUUUUUUCUGCAACUCUUGCUGUGUUUUUUCACUUGCUUGAAGAGUAAUGGUACUCAUAGCUGCAGUCAUAAUUGGUAAUCAAAUUGUUCAUAUUUACCGAUAAAAAUACAGUGGAAUUUCUACAUUAAGUUAAUGUGCUAACUUUAUAUGGGAGCUUCUAGGAGGAUUUGAACAAAAUCAUGUAUUCAAAAGCAAAUUAAGUACAUUAACUGUAAAGUUUGGUUUUAUUUAAGUUGGUAUAUUUUGCAUUCGGUACUGUGUGUAGCAUUGGGUUGUAAACAUACUAAACUGUGUAUUUUGCAAGAGCUUUUUUAACUUCCAAGUGUUCACUGAUUUGUAGUACAAGUUUCAUGUCAUGUUUAGGUUUGAGCCUUUCUAUGAAGGAACACCAGUAUUUUCCUUGUAGUAGAAUUGGUGUUUAAGCUAUUUAAGGAAUGUUGAAUUUUAAUUAGAAUACUUACCUCACUUAAUGUUAAUUUUUAGAUUGGGCUAUGUUAAUUGUAAGAACUUGCACAAUUGCUAUAAAUAUCUGCUUUAAAACAGAUUUGACAAUUGCACUAAUCUUGAGUUGCAACACUGUUAUUAAAAAGCACUUUUAAAUUUCUUACUAGAAGGACCAUCAGAAUACAACUAAUGUUGAGAUUUAUUUUUUCUAUACUGUCUGAUGUUAAUGAAAGAUGUUGUUACUCUUUCAUAUAAUUUUAUAAAACUAUAAAUUACCUUUCUAUAAACUAAAACCCUGCCAUAGGACCGUAUGGUCUUUUCCAAAACAUUUUUCUGUUUGUGUUAAUGUGUAUAUUAUUUUCCCUUGGUGGAGAUUAAAAUGAUGUUGAACAGUGAUGACUGAUUUUUCACUUCACAUGUAUCUUGGCUGUCAAAAUCUUUGAAUGGAACAGUUUCUUGAAAGGACGAGAAGGUGUGGUUUUCAUGCUUAAAAUGUAACAAACUGCAGUGAGUUUUAAGGGUGAAUAGUACAAGGUUUGUCAACAGCAGGUGACCUCUCUGAGAAUUCAUGUGUUGACCUCUUAAAGUGAGCUUGGAAGUUUUGUAUUCAAAUACUUUUUAAGAUGUCAUCACAAGGGGUUAAAGUCAUUUCUAAUUCCAAGUUAUGUUCCAUUACCUAUGCUGUAACUCCUAUUUUAAGUAUUGUAUUGUUGCAGGUAUUACACUGUAAAGUAAAUGACUUUUAAGGCUGCAA